AGUUUGGACACAAGCCACAGACCACACAGGGGGCUGUAAAAAGUAUAUAUAAUCGAGAUCUUCGCCUGUUGACAGGUAGUUUAUUUAGACCCACCAUGUCUGUCACUGUUUCGCGUAUGCUCCAAAGAUGGUGGAAAAAUUCACUUUACCAAUUCCAGAAGUGAUGGCUGUUCGCUGGUACAGAAAUGCGAUGAUAAGGAUAGAAUCGUUACGGAAGUGGUCAACGAUGUGAAAGAAUUGUGCAGAAACUGUUUGAAAAAACUGUAUGUAUCUGAAGAUCCGCGGCUCAGCAAUAUCCAAACCUACUAUAUGGCGGCGGCAAGUCAGGAAGGCCUUUUGCAUUUGAAAAGCAAAUGCGGAAACCUGAAGUCGGAGAAGGCAUUAAAGCUGUCACGCGAAGAGGCAGUGAGGAGAGAAAAAAGAGAUAUGUACGAGUUGUAUCAAACACGAGGCGGUGGAACAGCUUAAUGCUAGAGACAGGGCUGUAAUCGAUGAUCAGGGAAUAGCAACAAAUAUACCUCUGGUAGCUACUGAUCUAGGGUCCGAGACGCAGAUUUCAGAAAGAUAUGAAGAGGUGUGCGCAGAUAAUAAGGCUACACUGUUGGACUAUCUGGAUGAGGGGUUCUCUGAGUAUAACUCGGAAGUUGAAUUGAAAGCUGACGUAGAGGAAGUUUCCGCUGAGAAUGAUAGUUUUGAAGAAGAUAGAACCUGCGGUAUGCCUGAGAUGGCUGAACCUGCAGCCGAUGAUGUGGACUCGAGGUGUAUCAUUUUUUAUGAGGGCAAAUCUAAAACAACUUUCAUUCUGCACUUGUCUAGCACUUGUGGAAAUGGAAAUGAAAUGGUGGCAUUUUCCCCUACAGCUGAAUCAUCUGAGAAGUACAGCAUGUGCAAAAAUUGCGUAAAGAUAAAUACUACCUAUUACAAGGGCAAAUCUAAAUCAAGUUACAUUCUGCACUUGUCUAGCUUGUGUGGUAAUGGGAGCGGUAUGAUCAAUUUCGUUCCUACAGUCAAUUUUGAGAAGUACUCCGUAUGACUAAAAUGUUCGAAGCGGAAGAUGUGAAAGUUACUGGCUCGAGCGGCUGAGCCUUGUUAGUGAGUAAGUGUCGAGAGUAUGAGAUUCAGAACAGGCGGGGCUUUGUGGCAAACUCUGACAAGGAGUACAUACGGCCUGACAGCCUGACAGGGAGUACAGUGGGUGGCAUGAGUGAUGAAAUAGACUUUUUAUUACCAAAUUACUCUAUAUUUACAAGUUUACUUUUAUGUAGCCUUACUUGGUGUUUUUUUGGGGGGGUUUUGUUUAAAAUAAAAC